CAAAUUGCGCUUCGAGACAUACAAAAGGUCAGUAGCUCUCGAAAGCUGUAUUUUUUUAGAAACUUGAUCAUUAAUGCAAGAUUGGUUAUAGAGCGGUUUUUUUCCUCUUAUUCGAAAGUGAUGACGGUACGAUACCAGUGGUUUUUUUGCGUUUGA